AUGGGUUAUUUUUCAUAUGAUGGUUGUCAAGCUAUACGAGACUUCUUAUAUAAUGCUCCAUUAGUUAAUUUUAUUGUUUCAUCAUUAAUAACAUUUACAAUAGUUGCAAUAACAAAUAUUAUUAUUAUUGUAUAUAUGUUAAAAGCACCACAAAAAACUAUAGCAAGCGUUGAUUUACAUCAUCAUGAUACAUUAUUAUUAAAAGAUGUUCAACCUUCUGAGCCAUCAGAUUCAUCAUUUAACAAUAUGCCAAUACAAAUAACAAAAAAAGAUGUUAAUUAUGAAACAACGAUAAUAUUAACUACAAGUUGUCUUUUUUUGAUAACAAAUAGUAUUGCAAUUAUUUAUAUUUAUGUUAAAUCAAGUCAUCGCUUACGUUUAACAAAAGAUUUGAAAAUCUUCGAUGUGUAUCGUCUUUUACGUAUGUUAACAUUAUUCGAUAUAGUUUUAGAAUUUUAUAUUUAUUUUUUAACUGGAAAAAAAUUUCAUAAAGAAGUUUAUCGUAUUUUACGUGCAAUACUUAAACAUACACCAUUAAGAAAUUAUUGUAAAUGUACAUGUUUAUCAUCAUCAGAUCGAACAACAAAUAUAUCCAAUUGA